UGGAGGCUUUUAAAGUCUAAUUCUGUUGCAAUAUUAUGUGGUCAUUUAUUACUAACGUACUAAUAAUUCUACUGACUUGUUUUCAAUAAUAAAAUUCACUGCACAAGGUUUCAAUUCUGUGGGUUUCAAUAAUUUACAUACCAAAUGUAGUGCCCUUCUUUUUAGUAUUCUUCACUCCAAUUUUUCACUAAUUUUCAUGCAAGUCUAUAUAUAUAUAUGCUAAAUUAUACCCCAUCAAGUUUCAAGUGUAAUUGUUAUCUGUAUAUCUAGAAUGUAAUUGGUUCAAUGUUAAAACUGAAAACUGUUUUGUGUAUAAAAACAGGCAACUUUUUUUGUCUAUACUCAGGGAAAAUAGCAUAAUCAUAUCAUACGUAUGGGUGUUUAUUUUUCAGGUAUAUAUACCAUUGAACGCAUAAUAUUGGUACUGUAUUUCUGAAACAUACAAUAACUAAUCUUUGUUCGAACAUAUAUCUAGGAAAUAUGCCAUUGCCGUUUUGUUUUAUAAUAAUUUAAAAUAUAUAAUUAUAUAUAUAUAUAUGUUGGUAAAGUACAGGUUAAAAUAUUUUGUGCAAUAAGCUAAGCUUUUCUACUGCAACGAAAUAUCGAUUUCCCAGAGAUCUAUCUUUUUUUCACAGUCUUACCCCCAAUGUUAUAGGCAUUCUUAUGCAAAUACAAUCGUAUAUAAUGUAACCCAGAAAAAAAUAAACUGAUUUAUUAUCUUGAAGAUAGGAACAAGUGGUGCUAGUAUAGAUGUACAUAGGUGUUUUGUGUGAAAUGUAAAUCUUUACACAUUUUACCCUUUGUGGUGCAUGUUACUGUGUAUGAGAGUAAUGCCUUCUCAGAAGAAAAUUUCGACCUUUUUUUCGCCGAAAACAACAAACAAACGGAAAACAACUACAACAAAUGAAACAAGCAAAAAACUUAAGGCUGACAAGGAAAAUAUUAAUAUCACUGAAACUCAAAGGACAAACACCACAAAACAAGUUUGUUUGGAUACACCCAAGAAUAAGAUGGGACCAAGCUGGAGAAUUGCAUUGCAAGCAGAACUAACCAAACCUUAUUAUAUAAAGGUUACCGACUUUGUAAAAUCUGAAAGAACAAAACACAAAGUUUACCCUCCAGAACAACAGGUGUUUGCAUGGACACAACAUUGUAAAAUUGAAGACAUCAAAGUUGUAAUACUUGGGCAAGAUCCUUACCAUGGCCCUGGACAAGCUCAUGGUUUAUGCUUUAGUGUUCAGAAAGGCAUACGUACUCCACCCAGCUUAAAAAACAUGUUCAAAGAACUGGAAAGUGAUGUUGAAGGAUUCAAUACCCCAGACCAUGGAGAUUUAACAGGGUGGGCUGAUCAGGGUGUUCUGCUUCUCAAUGCUGUGUUAACAGUAAGAGAUGGUGAACCUAACUCACAUAAGGAUAAGGGAUGGGAGGAGUUGACAGAUUCUGUCAUUUCAUGGAUCAGCACCAACUUAAACGGGGUUGUGUUUAUGCUGUGGGGAAGUUAUGCUCACAAGAAGGGAGCAAAAAUAGACCAGCAACGUCACCUUGUGCUGAAAGCUGUCCAUCCUUCACCUUUGUCAGCACAUAGAGGUUACUUUGGCUGUAAACAUUUCUCUAAAGCGAACAAAUAUUUAAAAAAACAAGGAAAAAGUGAAAUCGAAUGGAAUGAUUUGUAGAAUUGGCUUUGUAGCUGUAGUGUGUUUGUUUGGCUUAAUUUAAUAAAUUUAAUCGCAUUUAACCCACACGGAUGAAAGCCAACUUACUGUACAUUUGUAUAGCUGUUUUAGUAGCAAUGCCAUGUUUAAAAGGUGCUUGUAUUGCUGAACAUAGGCACCAAACCUGGGGUGGCAGGGUUACCCUAAAUUAUUUUAAAUUGAUCGCUUUACAUCCAAAAAAAUGUUUUACAGAAUUUUGUUUUUAACUAUUCCUGCCUCCCCUGUGUUUUUAAAAUUUGGGGUCUAUGUUCCAACAUAAAACAAAAGCCAAAACUAACCAGUUUUCGUUUAAGUGAGCUUGCUAUACUGCCUUGUUCGUUGUUAACUGCCAUGUAAAUACUUGUACAAUAUCACAGUAACUUUUGUCACUUAAUUUAGAAGGUCACUCUGUUUUUACAGAAAUCGGGGGAAAUGUCAAAAUAUUGGUGGUUUUAAUACACUAGAAUGGACCAUGUUACAUUUUGUACAUAAGUGUGUUUUUUACGUUUAACGGUAGAUUACUGCCAAAUGAUAGUUUUGAAAGUGCUGCUACACUCUUCUACUACUUGUAUAUAUUUAAUCAUACUUGUGUGCCCAUUUCAUUUGCGCCUCAUUCAUAAAACAUUUUUUACACAUUUUCAACCCAAAAUCAUAGGUUUUUGACACAAUAUUGCUGAACUAAAAUUGUUAAAACUUCAAAAACCCAUUUCGUCACCAUUUUUUUAAAAGAUGCUUUUGUGUUCAUGUCGUGCAUAUUGUAAAAAUUCAGUGUCUGAUUUCGUUUUAAAUUUUGCUGAAAAAUUGGUAAAUCAUUUGAUGCCUAUACUGCCAAAAUUGUUAUUACCUGCCAUUUGGAAAAUAAAGAAACUUUGGAAUUUC